ACAGUGCCGUCAGUCAGCGUCGCCGAUCAGAGAGAAUAGUUGUGAAGGGCUAAGCUAUAUGCUGAGCACAUGAAACUGUCGGUGGAAGGUUUAACUGACAGUAAUUCUCAAAACACCAACAUGCCCUCAGCUGUGUAUGUCUGCCUUCUCCUUUGGUGCCUCCAAACCAGCGUUGUUGGACCAGAGCUGGCCCCACCACAUAAUGUAAUCAUGAUCACUUUGAACACCAAUUACACACUAAGCUGGGACUGGGACCAGAGUCAUGCAGAGAGUCAUGCUGUCACCUUCACCACACAAUAUAUCGGGAAGUUUAAGCUGAAUUCCAAGAAGAUGAAUCCAAAGUGGUACACAGUAUGUGAGGAGACAUCACACAGGUCCUGUGAUCUUACAGCACUCGACCUGCUCUACUUGGGCAUCUUUAUGCUUCGUGUACGAGCCAACGCAAAUGGGAGUCACUCCAAGUGGGUGCUGUUGGAAUUCUGCCCUGAUAAAGAUGCCGCUGUGGGCCCUCCAGCCAAAGUGAACCUUACUCCUGCUGGAAGUGACCUUGAUGUUUUCAUCACUGAUCCGCUGACAAGUGCCAACACCCCGAUGACGGAAAUUCUUUCCAAGAUGUACUACCACAUUCUGUACUGGGAACGUUCUGCAGACUCAAAGGCUUUAAGACCCCAGAUGUUAAGCAGCAGUGCCAACUUGGUGACAUUGCCAAGCCUAAAGUCUUGGACGUGGUACUGUGUGAGUGUCCAGUCACGCUACGACUUCUACAACAAGAGCAGCAGCUUCACUGCACCCCAGUGUAUGCAGACUGAAGGUAAUACUCCGUGGUGGCAGAUCAUUCUGUACUUCCUGGGUUCACUUGUGAUCUGCUUCCUUGCCAUGCUGCUCUCACUCUACAGCUCCUUUUGGUGCUACAAAACCCUCAAGGCAACAUUCUACCCCUCCAACCAGUUGCCUAGACAUUUCAAGGAGUAUCUUUGUGACUCUCCUGGCUCUGACAUUCCUCGCCUCCUCACCCCGGGUUCAGAAUCAGAUCUGCUGUUUGAGAACGUGAUCAUUUGUGCAGAGCCAGCAGUCCUGGAAAUCCACAACCUUCCUCCUGAGGCCCUGGCGAGUCCUCCAUCAGGCCUGGAUAGCAGUGGCAGACACAGUCGUCAGGACAGCAGCAGCAGUGGAGACUCAGGAGUUUACUCUGCAGGGGGUAGCUCCAAUCUGCGACAGCCAAGCAGCAGUCAACCCUCCACAGGAGCUGAAGGCUUCUGUAAGGGCCCCUUUUACCUGGAGCAGGUUAAGAUGCAGGAGAUGACUCCAGGUCCCAAGACACAACCCCUGAUUGCCGAUGAGGGCAUUGUAGACAUGUGUGUCUGAACAUAUGCAUGGAAAAAUACAUUUGUUGAGAAGAGACAAAAAGCAAGAAUGAUGCUAAGGAAGAUGGAGGUAUGAGGAUUAUGCACAGUGUGCCUUUUUUGUCAAUGUAAAACAAGAUCAUGAAUGACAGAUUGUUACAAGGAAGAAAACUGAUCUGCUGAGGGUUCCAAGAAGGAAGCAUGUUGUCGUACGGACAACAAAUCGUCGGUGUAGCCCCCUUUGAAAAGGUUUUUGAAGAUUCAGCUCCUUAUGUGACCUACAUUUCGUCACAGACCACGAGUACUGUUAGUGCUGAUUUAGAUAUGUUCUCACCUCAUCUUUAGCAGCCACUCUCUUAAGCCUGCAUUCAUGCUGUGGGUCAUGCUGUGGGUGGUUGACAUGUCACUCUAAUCUGUCCAUGGCUGAGAAGACUAGAGUUAAUGAGUAGAAGUGUCUUUUAUCAGUCUUUUUACUGUAAAAUAAAGGUCACUCUUGGCUUUGCCCUCUGUCUUCAUAUGUAUACAUGCCCAUGUCAAACUAAAUAUUGUAAAUACAGUUUACACACUAGGCAUAUACAGUAAACAAAAUUAGUUUUGAGCACUUAGAGUGGCAUGAGACAAGAAACAGAGCAGCCACACUAUUCCUUAUCUCAGCCCUGUUGUAAAUACUAAUGGUCAUAAACCAGUAAUGAUAAAUUUAGAAAUGAGCAAAUAAUUGGUUUAAAAGAUUAUAUGGAUACAUGCAUAAGAUCAAUGGAUAAAUCUAAGAAGGUCUCGUGAUCAAACUAAACUGUGGUGUACAUGACUAAAUAUCCUAAAUGGAAGUGGUUGUUAAGUUUACUUAAAUAUGCAUCAUGUCACUGAGCCAAAAAUACUUUUGUAUUUGUUGAUUUCCCGUAAAAUUCUAUUAUUCUUCGUGCAAGCAGUGUUGUAAGAGCAAAGCAGUUUUUAUAUUAUUUGCUUAGUGUAGCAUGGUCUUAGUGUAAUGUAGAAUCUAUGAUACUUAAUAUAGCUGCUGGGUGCAUUGGAUUUCACAUCAAUAUUAAGUACCUCAAAUAGUUUUUUAAAGAUACAAUUGGAUUCUUUGUAAAGUGUGAAAUUGAAAGGGGAAGACAGAGUUACCAGGGCAGCAUAAAUUGGACCAGAUCCAAAAUGUGGUGAAACACUGGCAGCUGGAUGAUGAGCCACACUUUAAUUUGCUGCUGUGUUGAAAAGAGCAACAUGUACAUUUUCCUACGCAGUUCACACGCACUCUAACGAGUAGAACAUAUUGACCCACAGACUCAACAUAACAGGACCGUAUCAAGCCUGGUUCAUGUCACAACUGACAACCCUUGUUUCCUAGGACCCUGGUUGACACGUAAAAGGCACCUGCAGUCGUGGCCACAUUUGGAAAGGCAAGUCACAAGCCACGCAUGCUUUCGUGCGUGUAUGUCCAUACAGAACUGACUGGACACUGUUAAACGGACCGAGUGACCGUGCUUGUUGAUAUCUGUUAGUCAACGGUGUCUUUGUUCUAUAUGAAAUAACCUGUUAUUAAUGUUGCUUCAGGUGUGAACAUGUGAUUGGAAAAACGUUUCUGUGACAAACUUACUUGUGUGACAUGUACUUUCAAUGUGUAGAUGUUCAUUAUAAACGAUCAAUGUAUUUCUCUUGUAGAGAUGUUCCAAUACCAUUUUUCACUUCCCGAUUCAGAUACCUGGACUUUGCGUAUUGGCCGAUACCAAGUACCGAUCUGAUACCAGUGCAUUUAAAAGAAUAACAACUUAUAUAAUGUAUUUUAACUGCUGAAUGCUACAGUACUAACCCUGUAUGAAGUGAUGAUUGCUAUCAUUGUUGUUUGGCCAGGCUGAGGUUAAACCUUUGACAACAGAUACAUACAGAGAAUGAAUGUCAUUUAACUUCUUUGGAAGGCAAAGCUUAUGAAAUAAAAUACUUUUUUAGUUUUUAGUUUUGAACAGCACAGUGCCACAGCAACUUAAAAAAACAAACAAAUAAAUCUAGGAAUAAAUAACAGUUCCUUUAAAAAAAAGUUCAGUUUAAAACAGUAAAAUACAUUAUUUUACUGUUUUAACAGUAUGUAAAGGUACAGUAGUACACAUAGCCAUUUUACUUGUAGGGCUUUCCAGCACAAAAUAUUGCAAAAAAAGCUCUGGCUAAUGCUACAAACUUCGUCAUCGUUACAGUACUUGCCAGUACUUCCCAGUGUCAUUACAGAGCAACUUCUGUUUUGGAGCGAUUUAGAAGUGGUUUACAGUUUUAUACUGUUACACUGAAAGAAUGCCUGAUAUUGUGAUAUUAUAUGCCUCAGGAAAAAUACUUUUCAAAGUUUUGAAUAUUAAUAUUGCCUAUGUAAAGUGCUUCUCCCAGCACAAAACCUUGUGGGGUUAAUGUAUGGAAGAGUUGUUGUUAACAUUAACAAACUGAAAUCUGUCUGAUAAGUAUGACUUAAACCAGCCUAGAGCUGUUCCUUUAAUCUCAAUUUAAUGCUACAGUCUCUUUAAAUUUCAGUCGUUUUACCUCCAUCAUUUAUCCACAUACUUAAUCCAAAUAAUUGAAUCUAUGACUUUCUAGUUCAAGUCUGCAUUGUCUCAAAGUGUUACCCACCACUUGAAAUUGUAUAUAAGCCUCUUGUGUCAGUGUGCUGGUGAAUCUACAGCAGCCAAGUUAAUGGACAUCAUUAAAGUGAAAUAAAUCACCUCUAAUACUGAA